GUGCAUUGUGGGACGCGCUUGCACGUUCGCCUGAGUCGUUCCAGUUCACGCGUGACGGAGCUCAGAGGGGAGCGGGAGAAGCCGGGAGGGGGGGACGCAUUGCUACCGCUGCCGCCGACCCCGCUGCGCCUGUGCUGAUCCAGACCCCCUUGAAAAAAAAUGUCCAGUAGGGGUGGAAAGAAAAAGUCAACCAAAACAUCUCGCUCAGCAAAGGCUGGGGUCAUAUUCCCUGUUGGACGAAUGCUUCGUUAUAUAAAGAAAGGUCAUCCAAAAUACAGAAUUGGGGUCGGUGCUCCAGUAUAUAUGGCAGCAGUACUUGAAUACUUGACUGCGGAAAUUCUUGAAUUGGCUGGAAAUGCAGCACGAGAUAACAAGAAAGGCCGUGUCACCCCUAGACAUAUCUUGCUGGCUGUAGCAAAUGAUGAAGAAUUAAAUCAGCUGUUGAAAGGUGUCACCAUAGCCAGCGGUGGUGUAUUACCAAAUAUUCACCCAGAGUUGUUGGCCAAAAAGCGGGGUUCAAAAGGAAAAUUGGAAGCAAUCAUCACUCCACCCCCAGCUAAAAAAGCAAAGUCACCAUCACAGAAGAAAACCACAACAAAGAAAGCAAGCACAAAGAAAGUAGCAAGAAAAUCUAAGAAACAGGGAGAAGUCAGUAAAUCAGCAAGUGCUGACAGCACAACAGAAGGUACCCCAACAGAUGGUUUCACUGUCUUAUCCACGAAAAGUUUAUUUCUUGGGCAAAAGCUGAACCUAAUUCACAGUGAAAUCAGUAAUUUAGCCGGCUUCGAAGUGGAGGCCAUUAUCAAUCCCACCAAUGCUGACAUUGACCUUAAAGAUGAUCUAGGGAGCACAUUGGAGAAGCGGGGUGGAAAAGAAUUCCUGGAGGCUGUUGUUGAAGUUCGCAAAAAGAACGGGCCAUUGGACACAGCAGGAGCUGUUGUCAGUUCAGGACAUGGAUUGCCUGCAAAAUUUGUCAUCCACUGCAAUAGCCCCAGUUGGGGUUCAGACAAAUGUGAGGAAUUGUUGGAAAAGACAGUGAAAAACUGCUUAGCACUGGCAGAUGAAAAGAAGCUGAAGUCAAUUGCAUUUCCUUCCAUUGGAAGUGGCAGGAAUGGUUUCCCAAAGCAGACUGCUGCUCAGCUGAUCCUGAAAGCCAUUUCCAGCUAUUUUGUAUCAACGAUGUCCUCUUCAAUCAAGACAGUCUAUUUUGUUCUCUUUGAUAGUGAGAGUAUAGGGAUUUAUGUGCAAGAAAUGGCCAAGUUAGAUGUCAACUAAAUCUAGAAAGCAAAUGAUACUUGCCUCUUUACCCAGCCCCUCUCCUUAAAUUCCUCAUUGUAAAACAGAUAGCCCCUUAUUUUAAAUUUCAUUCAUCUAGGAAAUAAAGAUGGGCUUUUUUUUACUUUUAAAAAUGUUUUAUGUUGGCACUGAUAGUUGACAUUACUGCUGUUUAAUGCACUGUAUUCCAGGCAUUAUCUGAAUUUAGUGUAAUCUAGGAGAUUUUAUAGUUUUAUUUUAAUGAAUUAUGGAUUGAUUGGAAAAUUGUUAGCAGUACAUAGUCUUUUAUUUGUGAAAGAAACCGGCAGAUCCUAUUUUGUAACAGUGUUGUGGUGUUCUUAUCAGGUGGCAUUCCUUUCUCAUCUCUUUAAAGAAGGAAAAAAUGCUACAUAUCUAAUUUGUGUUUAUUUCAUGUCUUAAUGAUGAAUCCAAGGAGAAAAGUACCCGUUGCCCUUAAUUAUAUUUGCAAUUUGGAACUUGUGUGGAUUGAUUUAGUAAAAUGUUUGAAAUGGU